CGUGUUCUCAUUCUGUUGCUUUUGGCAUCAGCCAUCAGCCACCAGCAUUUGUCUUCACAUAUCUAUCUUGUGAGUCUGUACUGGUCAGGUCACGAAGGUGACUGUGAGAGAAACAAGAUGGCAGAUAUCAUGGAGAAAUUCUGGAGUGCUCCUCCUGUCACGAGAACGAUUGUUGCUGCAAUGUUUGCAGAGUCGGCUCUUGUUCAUGGAGGUCUUCUCGAUCCAUCUUAUAUUGUCCAUUUCACACCGUUUCUGUACCAAUUCCCUCCUCAUCUCUGGCGACUUCUCACACCCUUUCUACUCACCGGAUCCGGUUUCUCUUUCGUUUUUGACCUGUACUUUAUGUUUACUUAUGCAUCGGGCUUGGAGCUCAACUCACCCAGUUUUACUCAACCUGGGGAUUUCUUCAUUUAUAUUGUUUUCAUUGCAACUGUUGUCUGGUUAACGGCAGGCCUUUUCCUCAGCUCAUACAUCUUCACACAAGCAUUCAUGCUGGCGAUCAUAUACACAUAUGCCCAGGACAAUCGGGGAAGGAAGGCGCAUUUCGUCAUCUUCCAAAUUCCCGUGGAACUCCUUCCAUGGGCAAUGUUGACUCUGACCCUGAUCAUGGGUGGUCCUGGUGCAGCCUUGCAACAAGUGACCGGAGUUGUUGCUGCACAUCUUUAUGAUUUCCUCACCCGACUGUACCCUACCUUUCAGGGUGGUCGUAAUUUUAUCCAGACACCGGCGGCCGUGAGACGCUUUUUCGGCGCAGAUCAAAGUGCAUUCACUCGUAAGCCAUACGGCACAAGUUUUCGAGCCGGCCAGCCCGCGGCACAACAACAGAGUCGUGGAUGGACAAGUGGCUUCACCAAUAGUUGGAGCGGCAGAGGCGCGGGACGCAGACUCGGUGGAGAUUAAACGAAUGAACAACAGUACAACAUUUGAACAAGUACUGGAAAUUAAUGGGCCAACAUGACUUUGUAUAACAAUUAGCGAGACUCCAGAUACCCGAACAUGAACAAGUUUUUUAACGACCA